AGCUUACAGGUGGGAAAUGGAAAACAAAUCACUUUACACGCAGAGGAGGUAAAGAAACUUCACAUCCAGGCGACAGAAUAUAUGUGGCAGCCAUGGAGAAGUGCUAACAAAUAAGGAUUAGCUGCUGAUUGUUCUGAGUAAUUCUCUCCACUGUUUGUUCACGCUUGUUAGCUACAGAUGCCAAUAAUGGAUGUGAUAAGAAUUCAGGAACAUUCAUGCCUGUCAGCUGGCCCUUACACUUCCUGGUGUCACAUGCAUGUCAGAGCUCUUGGUUUAUGCGCAUGUCUGCUGCCUCAGUCUGAAUGACCGCCUGUCAGUCAGGAGCUUCUUACUCCUGGAUUAGUGCAGACCACAGUGUUUUGAAGGCAGCAGCAGAAAUGAGCGUGACUGUCGAGGAGAGGGGCCGGCCCAACAGCUUGGACUACAGAGUGUUUUUUAAAAACGCUGUGGGAAAAUAUAUUUCUCCGUUCCACGACAUACCCAUCUACGCAAAUGAAGCAGAGCAUAUCUUUCAUGCUGUGGUGGAGGUUCCAAGAUGGACAAAUGCAAAGAUGGAGAUUGCCACUAAAGAUCCUCUUAAUCCACUGAAACAAGAUAUAAAGAAGGGGAACCUCCGUUAUGUUGCAAAUGUGUUUCCUCACAAAGGUUACAUCUGGAACUAUGGAGCUAUUCCUCAGACAUGGGAAGAUCCCAACCACAAGGACAGCGACACAGGGUGCUGUGGAGACAACGAUCCAAUUGACAUAUGUGAUAUAGGAAAUAAGGUGUGCUCUCGAGGAGAAAUAAUCAAAGUGAAAGUGUUGGGAACUCUGGCUUUGAUCGACGAGGGCGAAACAGACUGGAAGGUCAUUGUGAUCAAUACUGAGGACCCUGAAUCUGCAGACUUUAACGAUAUUGAUGAUGUAAGACGACUUAAGCCUGGAUACCUUGAGGCAACUUUUGACUGGUUCAAGAGAUACAAAGUCCCAGAUGGGAAGCCUGAAAACCAGUUUGCUUUCAACGGCGAGUUCAAGGACAGGGACUUUGCCAUUAAAACAAUCAAGGACACCCACGAGUUUUGGAAGGCACUGAUUUCGAAGAAUUCCAACGCUGGAGAGUUAAACUGCAUGAACACCGGUGUCUCAGAUAGUCCAUUCUGCUGCUCUGCUGAGGAUGCGGAGGCCGUGGUUAAGUCUGCCUGUGCUUUUGGAGUUGAAGAUCCCAUUCCAAGUUCAGUCGACCAAUGGUACUACUAUGAGAACUAAAAGGAAACCUCUGAGCAGAAACCAUCAUUCCUUACUUCACUUCUUUAUUUCUUCAACUGAUUUCAACAUAACAGAGCAGUGCGGUAACUGGAUGGAUUUAAUUUAUGUUGCACAUCAUAUUUUCUCCCCUUUUUUCACACUUAUAUUUCUGAUGCUGUCAUAAAAGCUUUAUGUGUGAUUGUAACUCAAUAUAUUAAUUAUUGGAUAGUAUCCUCUAGUUCCAGUCUUGACACAAACCAUAAUAAAAUCCCACAAUAAUUUAUAAUG